UGGGUCCUGCUUGUGACGCGAAGCCACUGCAGGAUUCUGACUGUGACGCCAGUGGUUGCUCCAGACUCUGCCUUGGCGGUGAUGGCAGCAGCCUCUGCCCCUUCGCUGGCGCUAUGUGGCCCCUGUUGGUGCUGCUGCUGUUGGGCUUGGCGAGCUGCGGUUCAGCUCAGCUAAUAUUUAAUAUAACCGACUCUGUAGAAUACACCAAAGAUAAUAAAACUAUUCUCAUCCCAUGCAUAGUCAAUAAUUUGGGGUCAAAGAGCCUUGAAGAAAUGUUUGUAAAGUGGAAAUUCGGAGAUAAACAAAUUUUCUACUAUGAUGGAUAUAAAGAUGAAUCCAAGUCCACCAGUGACUUUUCGAGUGCAUACAUCGUAUCAGACACACUGCUAUCAGGCAAUGCCUCAUUGAUUAUGGACAAGAGCGAUGCUGUCCCAGGAAACUACACUUGUGAAGUAACAGAAUUAACUAGAGAAGGCGAAACCAUCAUAGAACUAAAAUAUCGUAUUGUUAAAACUCAGCUAUUAUUUAAAACAAUCAAAUCUGUAGACUACACCAAUGACAAUAAAACUAUUCUCAUCCCAUGCUUAGUCACUAAUUCAGAGGCAAAGAGCCUGAAAGAAAUGUUGGUGAAGUGGAAAUUCAAAGACAAAUACAUUUUCACCUAUGAUGGAGAGAAAAAUGAAGCCCACCCCAACAGUGAAUUUUCGAGUUCAUACAUCGUACCAGACGCACUACUAACAGGCAAUGCCUCUUUGAUGAUGGACAAGAGCCAUGCUGUCCCAGGAAUUUACACUUGUGAAGUAUCAGAAUUAAGUAAAGAAGGCGAAACCACCAUAGAACUAAAAUAUCCUGUUGAUAAAACUCAGCUAUUAUUUACUACAAUUGAAUCUGUAGACUACACCAUUUGCAAUGAAACUCUUCUCACCAUCCCAUGCUUAGUCACUAAUGUGGAGGCAAAGAACCUUGGAGAAAUGUUUGUAAAGUGGAGAUUCAGAGAUAAACAAAUUUUCUUCUAUGAUGGAGAUAAAAAUGAAUCCAAUCCCACCAGUGACUUUUCGAGUGCAUACAUCAUACCAAACGCACUACUAACAGGCAAUGCCUCUUUGAUGAUGGACAAGAGGGAUGCUGUCCCAGGAAACUACACUUGUGAAGUAACAGAAUUAACUAGAGAAGGCGAAACCACCAUAGAACUAAAAUAUCGUAUUGCGUUUCCUGUUAUGAAAUGUCUAUUACCAGAUUGGGAAUGGGGUGUUUAUUCUGAUGGAAUACUUUGA